UGAUCAUUGGAGGAUCCCAGUAUCCCACUUCUCAACUCUGUACACUCACCGAACUAAAUAUUCCCCCGUUCCCAAACUCGAGAAACAGAUAUGGCGCCGGCGAAAAAAGGGAAAGCGAAGGCGAAAUCCAGCGAGUCAACUCAGUCCUCGCAAGCCUCCACUAACAAAACUCAAAACGACAAUCUCCCUUCAUGUAUUCGCGUCGUUUCUUCCUCUUCUGUGGCCAUCACCAUCCACGCUAAGCCCGGCUCCAAAGUCUCUUCCAUUACAGAUGUGAGUGAUGAGGCGGUGGGAGUGCAAAUUGAGGCGCCGGCGAAGGACGGUGAAGCGAACGCGGCGCUUCUUGAGUACAUCAGCUCGGUUUUAGGGGUGAAACGAAGGCAAGUGUCCAUAGGUUCUGGAUCUAAAUCAAGAGACAAAAUUGUGGUUGUGGAAAAGGUAACUCCACAAAAUGUUUUUAAUGCUUUGGACAAAGCGUCAAAGUCCUAAAAUAAUAUGGAGAACUGAGAGAUCUCUUUCUGUUUGCUUGAAUUUCUUUAAAUAUAACAUCAUCCUGAGAAAUUUUGGGAUGAUUCUAUCAGCAGUUGACUCUGAAAUACUGGCUGCAUGAUGAUUGGAAUGCUUCAGAUCAGUUAUUGAUUGUCAUACUUUAGCUGCAAAUAGUUAUCUGUAUAAAUUAGAGUUGUCACUACAAGAGUUUCUUUUUACAAGUGACUUUUCAUUCUGUAAUUUAGUUCUUUUUAUCAUGGCUCAUCUACAGUUUUCUUCUCUGCAUUUUUUGGGUUGGAUUUUUUGUUUUAAUAUAUUGGAAGGAUAAUACAAUCAGCGCUUGAUUAUGUCACUAUGGUACAAUUAUCUAUGGCUAACUUGUAGUUUCUUACCAAGUAAUCUGCUAUGGCUUUA